AGGACGCCCGCCCGCCCCGGACCCCUUCUACUCUUCCUCCGCUUUCUCCUCCCCGAGCCAUGGCCUCGCUGCUGUGCCUCAGCCUCCUCGCCGCCGCCGCGGCCGCCACGUCGCCGGGCCGGCUGGUGCCGUUCGACCUGCUGUACGCGGACGGGGUGCGGGCGUACCUGGCGCGGGACUGGCCGCGGGCGGCCGAGCUGCUGCAGCGCGCCCUGCACAGCUACGCGGGGCUGCGGGCGGCCCGCCGCGCCUGCCGCGCCGCCUGCGCCCGGGAGGAGCCCUUCCCCUUCCCCCGCGGCGGGCCGGGGCGCUGGGAGGCCGCGCUGCUCGGGCCGGUGCUGCAGCGCGCCGGGUGCCUGCAGCGCUGCCUGGGGCGGCGGCUGCGCCCCGCGCCUUCCGCGCACCGCGCCAGCAGCGCCGUGCGCCGCGACUUCGAGCGCAGGGAGCCCUACAACUACCUCCAGGUGGCCUUCUUCAAGCUGAAGAAGCUGGACCAGGCCGUGUCUGCCGCUCACACCUUCUUCGUGGCUAAUCCCCAGCACCUCCAGAUGAGRGAGGAUAUUGAGAAGUACCGCCGUAUGUCGGGAGUGAAGUCAGACAGCUUCCGGGACCUGGAGGCCACGCCACACUGGGAAGCAUAUGAGGCUGGUGUGCAGCACUAUGAUGCAGAUGAGUACCUGCAGGCYGUGGCCAGUCUGGAGGAGUCGCUCACAGAGGCCCUGUCAGCCCUGGAAGAGUGUCGUGCCCUGUGUGAAGGGCCUUGGGAGGAUGAGGAKGAGGAGGAGCAAAUGCAGCCUGGCCUGUAUGAAGCCAUUGCAGCCCAUUAUAUUCAGGUUUUAAAGUGCAGGCAGCAGUGUGUCCUGGAAAUUGCCACAAAGCCGGGGAGAAUUUCUGCCACGGAAGAUUUCAUACCCUCUCAUCUUGAUUUACUGCAGUUUGCCUACAGCCAAGCUGGGAACCAGACAUUGGCUGCUGAAUGUGCUGCUUCCUACUUGCUCUUCUAUCCCACGGAUGAGCCCAUGUUGGAGAAAAUGAAACAGUAUCGCACAGAACUGGGAGAGGGUGCAGMUGUCACAGCCAGACAGAGUAUUCAACACUAUGUGCAGAGAUCUUUGAUGGAGAAGAAGUUGAUUUAUUAUGCAGUGGAGCAUUUAGGAGAAACUUUUAAUGACCCUGAUCUUUGGACUCCAGAUGAACUGGUUCCUGAAAACCUAAAAGAGAAAUACAGAGAGGAUCAGGAGAAGCAAAAGCAGGAAAUUCUGGAUGUGGAAGAGAAGGAGAAGAGGGGUCCUUUGCCUUUUGAGGGCAUUGCUGUCACCAUGGAUUCCCAGCAGAUGAAUGGAACCCAGAGGGUUGURUUCGACAGAGUGCUGACCGAGUCUGAGUGCAAGGACCUUCUCCGACUGACAAAGGCAGCAGGGGAAGCAGGAGAUGGAUACCGGGCAAGACGGUCGCCUCACACCCCACAUGAGAGAUUUGAAGGGUUAACUGUUUUGAAGGCCAUGCAGCUGGCCCAAAAUGGGGACGUGGAAUGGAGAGACGCCAAAUUGCUUCUGCAGGCUAGUGAGAAAUCUCGGAAAAUCAUUGAGUCCUAUUUUACUCCUGGGAAGAAACUCCAUUUCUCAUUCACACACCUUGUGUGUCGCACAGCUGUAGAUGGGGAACAGGAAGGUCGCAUGGAUCUCAGUCAUCCUGUCCACGCUGAUAAUUGUCUCUUGGAUCCUGAGGGACAAGAGUGCUGGAAAGAGCCUCCUGCCUAUGUGUACAGGGACUACAGUGGCAUUCUCUACCUCAAUGACGACUUCCAAGGUGGGGGCCUUUUCUUCACUGAAAUGGACAGUGUGACUGUCACAGCUGAGGUGCGUCCAAAGUGUGGGAGGCUGGUAGCCUUCAGCUCUGGCAAGGAGAACCCCCAUGGCGUGUGGGCCGUGAGCCGUGGCAGGCGCUGCGCUGUUGCUCUCUGGUACACACACUCCCAGGAGCAUGCUGAGCAGGAGCGGGUGAAGGCAGCGGAGCUGAUGGAGCAGAGGGCUGUGGAGCAGGACCAGCCUGAUGGAGAUGAACGUCAGGGAACUGGCCGCAGCAGCAGAUCCUCCUCAGCGCCUCCUGCUCGCAGCCGUGGAGCCAAGCCUGCAGAUCGGAGACAGAAGCCUGGCUCGGACAGGAAGCAGCAGCCCAAGGUGCUGCGGGUCAGAGAUGAGUUCUGAGUGCACGGGGCCCUGGGGGCAGGACUGUCACACACCAUGGCCUGGCAGGUCACGGGAGGACCGGGACCAUGGAGGCCUGGAGCAGUGCUUUAGCGUGGCAGAGCCGUAGUGAUGGGGAGGGGUGCAGCUUUCUUCUCUGUGAUGUCCCAGCAGCUGAAAAAUGGGAGAAGGGCACAGUGUGGAAGUCAGUGAUGCCAGAAAAUUUCUUCACUGCGUCACUGUGCUUGUGUCACUUGGAAAUAAGAAGAYGAGGCCUUCUCACCUCACUCCUCUCAGUGCCAACCUCUUGGCCAUCCAGGGCUAAAUCUGAGAGGGGGAGGAGGAGCAUGAAGUCUUUCAGCAAGGGCURUCUCACAUUCAGGAUCUCAAAACUGAAGCCUUUGAAUUUCCUACGCAUGUGCGAACUCCAGAACUCUGCAAGUGGUCAGAGACAGGGAAGGUGAGGGACUGUGAAUAUAUGGAAUAAAAGCAAAAUGCUGGACACAGAUAAUGGUGUGAGCUUGAGUCUGUGCACCAGGGAGACAUGCAGGCUUGUUUCUGAUUGAAAUUUAAUUAACAAAUGAUGGAAGGGGAUUGAGCCCUCGAUGAAAGAAAGCAAAGUAUUUGUCCAGAUGCCAGCUACUUGCAGGAAGGGAGAGCAAGAGAGAAAGUCAGCUCUGCCAUGACUAAUGUAGAAAGGGUAAAGAGUGCCUUUAAGAAAAAGCACUGUAUACUCACCUUUCCCUGUAGCAAGGCCUCUCUUUUUUGU